CAUAAUGAUACUGAAACCUAAAACCAAGUGUAGGUAGGAUGGUACUGAAACCAAAGGUAUAGGUAGCUAUAGAUAUACCUCAGAGAUCCAUCAAAUUUCAAAUUAGUUUUUGAAUAAUCUGAUAUUGAAAAUACCCUCGUUGAGUUGAUUUUUAGAAUAGGUAGGUAUAUCAUAUCUGUGUUUGAGAUUAUUGGAUUUAUCUUAUCGAAUUAGAUAAAAUAUUAUAAUUUUCAGAUCGAUUGUUAGAUUUUCAGAAAUAUCAUUUCUUUCAUCAUUCAGUACAGUUUUGAAUGUAAUUUAUGAUCUAUGUACAACGAAAUGAUACGUUUUCCUACAUUUUUAAUAAUUAUUCUCACAUUAUUUCCUAAGAACAAUAAUGCACAAACGGGUAUCUCUCCCACUACAAAUGAACCUACUCUAGUGAUCUAUCUAGAUGAUAACCAUCCAGAGGUAUCAUGGACUCCCAAUUUGAAACCAUCUGUGAUUAUCGAAACUGAUCGAAGGUUCAUAAUUUCGGUGAAAAUUGAGUACUGUGACUUGGAUGGAGAAAAUGGAGAAAAUGUUGCAAUAAGUACGGGUAAAGCAAAUGAAACAUUACUGUUUACAUAUGGAGUGAAAAACAAACCAACAUAUUUAUUCCGGUCCCAUAAAUUAUAUGUCGACUUUGUGGGCACACAUCUCACUAAUUUCAAUGCCACAUUUACAAGAAUUGGCGAGGCUUUAACAACUACUACCACGACUGAAGUACCGACAACUCGAAAUUAUCCUACUGCAUCCUCCAAUUAUUCAGACUAUUUAACCGUUUUCAUAGCAGGAAAAAGUGCUGAGGAAUAUAAAACUGAGGAAACAAAACAUUUGUUCAGGAGGAUAGUGAUUCAAAUGGCAGCAGAAUAUACUGAUAAUGAGAAUUUUGACUUAACUCAUAAUAUUACGGAAGACAAUGUAUACAUUUCACAAAUUAAUCCUUGUCCCACGAAGUGGACAGGCCAUGAAACGUGUUCUGAAAUAACGUUUUCAGUACCUGUAUUCCUGAAUGAAAGCUCGGAUUCGCGAUGGACAGGUUACCAAUUGAGUAGUAGCCAUUUGAAAAUCAUGUGGAGUCGAUAUUCAGAAAAGUAUUUCAAUGACGUUUUAACUAUUUAUGUGGAACCACAACUACAGAGCAUGUUGACUAGCAGAAUUAUUCUCAUCUCUAUAGUAACUAUUGUCUUCGUACUUGGUUUACUGGCAGUCAGAUUCACGCUCGUAAAAAUGGUCAAAAGAAGAAGGAGCGAAUCUGUUGAUAAAACUCCAAUUAUUUCCAAUGCAACUAGAGAUAGUAGCUUCGAUUUGUAUCCACACCCCUACCAAGAUAUUCCAGCCUUAUUUAAAAAAAAGUAUUCGGAAUUCAAUCCAGAGAAAGGAUUUGAGGAAGUUCCAACCGUGGAAACAGAUAAUAUAAGAAGAGGAUCGGAGCAAUUACGAGUAAGUGGUGAUAUUGGAGUAUCUACAGCGUGACACUUCGAUUUAAUAGGUACCUACCUGCCUAUAUAUUCCACCCAGCAAGAACCACUAAUUCAGUAAUAUAAUUAUGAUUAUUUUUCAAUACUUCAACUGCAGAAAACAAUCAUGAAAGUAAUAUAAUUGUACGAAAGUGUAAGACUAAAAAAUAUUUCAAAAACUUAGUGAUUUUUUUCCUACGUUAUUAUUAGAGAUGCAGAAAAAAUAAUAAAUUUUUUUCAUAUCAACU